AUGGAUCAGCACACUAAUACUAUUCCUACAACCUGCACCACCAUUAUUGGCACCGAAUUGGCCAAUAUCGAAGAUAUCCUCACUCUGAACAACCUGUCCGGCAAGGGAAAAUACACCCGGCCCUGUGAACAAUGGCUGGAACAGUUCAUGAAAGACAAUAACGGCCGAGCACUGGUUGUCUCGUCCUGCACCUCUGCCCUGGAGAUGGCCGCCAUACUUGCCGAUAUGCAAGCCGGCGACGAGGUGAUUGUUCCCAGCUAUACAUACGUCACAACCGUGAACGCAUUUGCGCUGCGGGGCGCCGUACCUGUAUUUGUAGAUGUAGACGACGCCACGAUGAACAUUGACGCGACCCUUAUCGAAAGGGCAAUCACUCCCAAGACGCGAGCAAUCAUCCCCAGUCCACUAUGGCGGGCUUGCAUGCGACAUGGACAAAAUCAUGGAGGUCGCCAAAAGACACCGGCUGGCCAGAUGCUCGGCACGAUUGGCAACGUCGGCUGCCUCAGCGUUCAGGAAAAGAAGAACUUUACAGCCGGUGGUCAGGGAGGUGCCCUUCACGUCAAUGAUCCAGCGCUGGUCGAGCGAGCCGAGAUUCUUUACGACAACGGGACCAACCGUUUGCGCUUCAUGCGCGGCGAAGUUGAUCACUACCAGUAG